ACCACUACUACGCACUGACUUGUCAGCCAAACAAGAAAGCAAACCAGUCAGAGUUAGAGCAAGGAGAGCCAUGGACAUCACCACGGGAGCCAUGGCCUCGCUCCUCCCCAAGCUGUACGAGCUUCUCAAGGAGCAGUACAAGCUUCACAAGGGCGUCAAGAAAGAAGUGCAGUCUCUCUCGAAAGAGCUCUCAAGCAUGCACGCUGCCCUCCGCAAGGUGGGGAGGGUGCCGCGGGAGCAACUCGACGAGCAGGUCAAGAUCUGGGCAGACGAUGUGCGGGAGCUGUCGUACAACAUGGAGGAUGUUGUCGACACCUUCCUUGUGCGCGUCGAGGGCUCUGAGCCGGCUGCCGACCUGGAUGGUUUCAGGUCGCUCAUCAAGAAGAUGAGCAAUCUGUUCAAGAAUGGCAAGGCUCGACAUCAAAUUGCUGAUAUGAUCAAAGACAUCAAAGACCAAGUUCAUGAUGCGGCUGCCCGGCGUGAUAGGUAUAGGGUCGACAGUGUUGUUGCUAAUCCAGAUGCAACAGCCGGUACACUCGACCCUCGCCUAUCCGCUAUGUACAACAAGCUGAGUGACCUAGUUGGCAUCGGUGAACCAAGGGACGAGAUAAUCAAGAGGUUAACAGUGAAGAAUGAUGGGGUGGAAACAGUCUCCAUUGCUGGAUUUGGAGGACUGGGCAAGACAGCUCUCGCCAAAGCAGUGUAUGAUAGCCUCAAAGCCGAAUUCCAUUGCACAACAUUUGUUUCUGUGUCUCAGAAUCCUGAAAUAACAAGAAUCUUCAAGAAGAUGCUCCAUAUGCUCGAUGAGGACAAGUAUGCCAACAUCAACGAAGCAUCCUGGGAUGAAACACAACUCAUCGAUGAACUAAGGAAGUUCCUUCAGAACAAGAGGUACCUCAUUGUCAUUGAUGACCUAUGGAAAAUACAAUCUUGGAAAACCAUCAAAUAUGCUCUCGUGGAGAAUAGCUGUGGAAGUAGAAUAAUCACAACCACUCGUGAUUUUGAUAUUGCUGACCAAGUUGGUGGUUCUUAUAAAUUGAAACCACUGAGCCUAGAGAGCUCUAAAGUAUUAUUUUAUGGAAGAAUCUUUGGCUCCGAAGAAAAAUGUCCUGAACAAUUGGCUGAAGUAUCUUUAAAGAUUUUGAAGAAAUGUGGUGGUGUACCGUUGGCGGUCAUUACCAUGGCUAGUCUUUUGACCGUAGCCAGUAAAACACCAAACCCAAGGGAGUGGGAUCAGGUGUGUGACUCUAUUGGUUCUGGUCUUGGAAACAAUCCUGAUGUGAAGGAUAUGAGAACGAUAUUGUCCCUAAGCUAUUAUAACCUACCUUCCCAUCUAAGGACUUGCUUAUUGUAUCUAGCCAUAUAUCCUGAAGAUUAUGAGGUCCCAAGAGAUUGUUUGAUAUGGAAAUGGAUAGCCGAAGGUUUUAUCCCAGAAAACAUUAAGGAUGGCCGAAGCUUAUUCGAGGUUGGGGUGAGUUACUAUAAUGAGCUUAUAAGUAGAUGCAUGAUCCAGCCCAUUGAGUAUCCUGAAGGUUGCCGUUUGCAUGACAUGAUGCUUGAACUCAUUUGUUCAUUGUCAAGCGAAGAGAACUUUGUUAGUAUAUUGGAUCAUAUUGAGGAUAUCACAUCCCCUCAAAGAAAUUCUAGGCGGACAUCACUCCAGAAUAAAAGGGAAAAUCAUCAAACCACAACUCCUUUUUGUAUGAGCGUAACACAAGUGAGGUCUGUUACUGUCUUUCGACCAGCUAUUGAUCUAUUACCACCUCUUUUGAGCUAUGGAGUUUUACGUGUGCUGGAUCUGAGUGGAUGUGAUUUGGAGUAAAGUGGCCAUCUUAGGCUUAAGUAUAUU